AUGCUCACCAUGCCCACGGUCGACGCCACAGAGAAGUUCAUCCAGGAGGAAGAGACCUCGGGAAGCAACAGCCCGUCGCCGACGGCCAGGGAGCGGCGGCGCCGCGGCGGCUACAGCCUACACGUGAAGCCGUGCGGCGGGCUGAAGAGGAGGAUGCCAGCUGCAGACUCCGGUGGCGACCACCGUGCCGUAGAGGCGACGCGCGAGGCGCUGGCGCUGGCUGCAGGAGAGCCUCGUCGUGGUAAAGGAGUCAGGGGACCCGGACUUCCCGGCGAUCAUGGCGGAGAUGAUCACGCCGCCGAGCACAACCACGCCAUCGUCGCCGCGUUCCGAACCACGGCGUCGUGA